AUGUCUACUCCAGCCGCCGUCGAUGCCGCCUGCAUUUUCUGUAAAAUCAUCAAGGGUGAAAUUCCAUCUUUCAAGCUGAUCGAAACUAAGCACACCUUCUCAUUCUUGGAUAUCCAACCUACAGCAGAGGCGCAUGUUCUCGUCAUUCCUAAGUAUCAUGGUGCUAAAUUGCAUAACGUUCCAGACGAAAACUUGGCAGACAUCUUGCCGGUCACCAAGAAAUUAGCCAUCGCGCUGGAUUUGGCGAUUGACUCUCCAGAAGGCGUUGGCUACAACAUCUUGCAGAACAACGGAAGAAUUGCCCAUCAGAUAGUUGAUCAUGUACACUUUCAUUUGAUCCCAAAGAGAAACGAGCAAACCGGGUUGCAAGUUGGUUGGCCCGCCAUCGAUACUGAUUUUGAAAAAUUGGGAAAGCUACACAAGGAGCUGCUAGCAAAGUUGGAAAAGUCAGCGUAA